AUGGACGCCGAUCUCUACCCUCAUCGAGGCUUCAUGCUCGACACAGGCCGCAAGUUUUUCCCCGUGGAUGCCAUUACCAAGCUCCUGACACUCCUGCACCGCUACAACUUCAACGUCUUCCACUGGCACAUCUACGAUGCGGAGAGCUUCCCGCUUCUCUGGCCGGCGGACCAAGAAGACGGCGACUGGACUUUGACGAAUGCGAGUCGGAAAUUUAGUCAUACGCGCCAUUUCUACUCACCGCAGGAUAUUCAAGAUGUCGUCGCGUAUGCCCAGCGGUUGGGGAUUCGGGUUUAUCCGGAAACGGAUAUGCCGGGGCAUAGUGAUAUUUGGGGAUUCUGGAAAAGGGACCUGGUAGUCGGAACCCCAGAUCUGGAGAAGCCAAACGCCCAACUCGAUAUUAGGAAUCGCAUGACACUUGAUUACAUACGCGAUCUGGUCUCUACUGUGGACCGAUAUUUUGAUUCUCCAGAUUUGCACCAUUUUGGUGGCGAUGAAGUUGCCAUGAUAUGGCGAACAGAAGACGAUAGAAAACUCCUCACCACGUUCUUCGACUGGCUCAGGACCGUCUGCUCUCCAAACAAGAGCCCCAUUAUAUGGGACGAUCUCAUAACCGAGCCAGGAAACAGUCUUGACGACAUUUCCACGGACUGGGUAAUUCAAACCUGGCACGACGGUGUGACCCAAAAAGUGCUUGAAAAGGGCCAUCGCGUCAUUGUCUCGGAGUCUGAUGCGUUUUAUAUUGGGAAUGCAGACUACGACAAGAUCACAGAGUUUGUGUUUCCGAGGCACCGGAAUGUGCUGGGGUUUGAGGUUGUCUGGUUUACGUCGGAGGGAGAUGAUCCCUAUGAUCUCGAGCAGAGAUGGAUUGUAGAGCCGCUUAGAGCUGCGGCGGGCAUAAGGAGGCCGCGCUGA